AUGAGUUUCCAGGCGACGAUGACCCCCCGUGGGAUCUAUUCCGAUAUCCCUCCCGAUAUGAGGACCAAGCUGGACAACAAUCCCACGCUCUUGGUGAGCUGGUGGGCCACCGCAUUCUCGCUGGCAAUCAUCGUGACCCGAGUGUGCGGUCGCUAUGUCCGGAUUGAGCGCUUCUUCCGGGAGGACAAGGUGAUGAUGGCCAGCAUCAUUCCCUUAUUAGCACGCAUGGCAUUCGUGCAUGUCAUUCUGAUCUGGGGCACCAACAAUACGAAGACCGAGGGCUUGACGUCCGAAGAAAUUCGCCAUCGAAUCAUCGGUAGCAGAUUGGUUCUGGCGGGUCGAAUCUUCUACGCAAUCUUCAUCUGGACGGCCAAGUUCACCGUGUGCGAGUUCCUCAAGCGUGUUGCUGGCAUGAUCUGGCGACGGUCUCUGCGGAUUUUCCUCCAGUUCAUCUACUAUUUCCUAGCAUCCACACUCAUCGCCGUGGUGAUCGCUACACUGGCUGAGUGCCAACCAUUUGACCAUUACUGGCAAGUCGAGCCAGAUCCGGGACCUCAGUGUCGCUUGGGCUAUGCCAAUUUAAUUACGAUGGGCGCAUGCGACGUGAUCACCGAUCUGCUUCUCGUGGCCUUCCCGAUCCCCUUGAUUGUGAUGACCAACAUGCCGAUGAAGCGCAAAGCAUCCCUGGUCAUACUGUUUGCCUUGUCCCUGAUCCUGGUCGGAAUCACCUGCUACCGUGUGCCAUCAGUCAUCUGGCACGACGGGUCUCAACAGUAUCGAUCUCUCCUGGCCUCGCUGGAGAUCCUUGCUGCGACGGCCGUCUCCAACGCCGUAGUGAUCGGCUCCUUUGUGCGCGACAAAGGCGUCAAAAAGGCCAAAUAUAAAAAGGCUCAAGGAUCCGCCUCUGUCAGCGAGAGCAUGGAUCACAGCUCCGUGCGCCGGGCAACCAUCACGCACCACCAAUGGGGCAGCGACUCGGACCUCGCAGGCGACCUGGGAAUCCGUCUCGAUCCCCAACUCUACUCAGAGAAUCAAGCCCCUCGUCCAGCCCCAAUCGCCGACCCUUACCAGCCCUUCUCAGCCCACACAGGCACCCUGAACCCCAACUGGUCCUUCCAAGGCCAAUCCCUUCCCACCGACGACGAUCACACCUCCACAACGGGCAGCCUUGACACAAGAGUCAGCCCCCAUGAAUAUAUCGAAACCACCAGGACCCGACGCACCACCGCAGGUAAUUCAUCAACUCACCACCGACUCUCACCUGGUAAGGUCUCAUUUUUCGAUGUCGGUGGUCUUCUCGACCUGUCCCCGUCUUCCUCGAGCCAUCAUAUCCCCCAGCACGAACCAGCAGCUAACCAACUCCCGGACCUCACUCCCCAAUCUACAAACGCCUCCAGUGGCAGUAGAGCCUUCCUUCAAGACGUCGGUGGUCUUUUGUCCCCACCGAAUCUCAUCUCUUCGCCUUCAUCGUCCCCUUCGACGCCGAAUUUCUCUCGACCAGGGGGGCUUCGAACUUACCCCGGUCGGCGAAGGGGCUCAUCUACCGUGCAUUUCGACGAUCGUACACCGGAUUCUCCUGUCCCGCCAUAUCAGGCACAACCGGAUAUCUGGACGCCGAUUCCCGAGGGUAGUGACGAUGUGGAAUUGCAGGAUGUCGGUGGUCUUUUGUCUCGGAAUUCUUGA